AUGGCAUUAAGAACUAUUCAAAAACAAAUACAAUCAUUCUCUAACAUAAAAAAAAUUACACAAACUAUGAAAGUAGUUUCUGCUGCAAAAUUGAACAGAGCUGAACGUUUGUUACGGGAUACACGUCCGUUUGGUUAUGGGACUCUCUCAUUUUAUAGUCGGUACACAGAUAUUAAUAUGCUUGACUACACAGAAGAUCACCUAUUAUUUGCGGUGACAUCAGAUCGAGGUUUAUGCGGAUCUAUACAUUCUGGUAUAGUGAAAAAAGUUCGAGAAGAGUUGUCUAGAUCAGAUCAAACAAAUGCAUCGGUGGUAUGCAUAGGGAAAAAAUCAGAAACUAUGUUACAAAGAACACAUCCAAAUUAUAUAUUAUUUUCUGUAACUAAUAUUGGAAAAAAUAAUCCUACAUUUUUAGAUGCUUCAAAAAUAUUUCAGAUGUGUUCCUUUGUAGAAUAUAUUGCUUCUCAAAUAUUUUACAAUUGUCUAACUUCUAAAAGCACAUCAAAAGUUGAUUGGAUACCAAUUUACAGUACAGAUAUUUUACUUAUGACGGCUCACAUAACAAGUUUAGACGAAGUAGAAGAAGAAGAAUUAAGAAGCUACAUCGAAUUUUCUACAAUUUCUUUACUAUAUUUUGCCAUGGUAGAAAACGCAACUAGUGAACACUCUGCUAGAGUAUUAGCUAUGGACUCAGCUACCAAAAAUGUGGAUAAGUUAAAACAAAAAUCAACUUUAAGCUUUAAUCGUAAAAGACAAUCAAGGAUAACAACAGACAUUAUUGAUAUUGUUUCAGGAUGCGAAGCCAUUACCAGUAAAACAUGA